GCAUAGGAACCGAAACAAACACGCAAACUACGAGUACGAGUUUUGCGGUAACGAAACUUGGUAUAUUGUUAUCGUUAGUUCAUUCAAGUGGACUUGCGGCACCUCAUUUUAGAGGCAUACUUUUGGUGAUUAAGGCCCUGCGCACUCGGAGAGUUCUAAUGCGAGGGUAGAGUAAAGGAGAUCUCCAUCAGUUUUCAUUAAGGGGGCAGUAAGAAUAAGGCAGACUCUGGCGCUGCAGCUUCACUGCCAAUUGCCUUCAUUUCGAGAAAUCUGUUGCUUAAGUAACACCUAUCUGUUUCCUCCUCUUCCUUUGUUUUUAUUUUUUUUUUCUCUUUUGAUUUGAGGGGAGAAGCCCUUAGCUCAGGAUUAUUUUUUCAGUUAUUUUUUGCGGCCCAUCCUGAAUUCCUCUCCAAAUUCUCAGAUCAAACUCUAUAAAUUGAAAAUUUUCUUUAGUUCAUUAGUGGCUUGUCUUUAAUAAAUUAGUGUAUGUGGUUGAGUGAUAAAUAAGAGAUUAUGGCUUCGCGAUUUCAAGCUGCUCCACUGGUGGCUUCGCCCUUGUACCCUAACGCCAUAGCCUGGUCCGACGAGAACCUUAUCGCUGUUGCCUGCGGUCACCUUGUCACCAUUCUAAAUCCAGCAUUGCCUUUUGGACCGCGAGGCUUGAUCACAAUUCCAAUAAGUGAACCUUAUCCAAUUGGUUUGGUGAAAAGAGAAGAUUUGCUUACUGGGUGUUUGCUUCCCACUGCUUUAUCUCGGGACCGGCGUCCAUGUGUUCGUUCAAUUUCAUGGUCUCCUUUGGGAAUGGCGUCUAACGCUGGGUGCUUACUUGCGGUUUGCACCACUGAAGGGCGUGUCAAGCUUUAUCGACCUCCAUUUAGUGAUUUUUGUGCUGAGUGGAUAGAGGUUAUAGAUUUAUCAGAUAGGCUUUAUAAUUAUCUUGCAAAUACCAAUUUUGAGGAAUCAGAAAUUCCUGAGUCAGAAUUUUCUCAUGAGCAAACAGAGCUAGGAUGCAUUGAUGAUCAUGCAAAUGUUUUUCCAAACUCUAUUACUAGAAAGGAAUAUAACCGAAGACGAGGUGUUGCCCCCAAUGGCAUCAAUAAGGACUCUGAAACUAGCAACCGUGAGAAGAUUCAUGCUGGAUGUAGCUCUCAUGCUAACAUGAGCGGAGAGCAGUUGCCUAAGGUUAUUGAUUCAAAAUCUGACAAGAGGAAAAAGAAAAAACCAGAAAGUUGCUCACUUCCACAGAUAACUGCAGAUCAAUAUGCUUCUCGCAGUGCAAUGUUGUCAUCGGUUGUUGUUGCUUGGUCGCCACUGUUGUGCUUGUCAUCUAAAAUCAGUUUGGUUUCUCAAAAUGAUUCACCUCGCAGAUUCUCUUUAAUUGCAGUUGGAGGGAAGUCUGGUAAUAUCUCAUUAUGGAGAAUUGAUGCACCACAAAGCUACUCUAUUGAGCACGGUUGGCUCCCUACCAGUGUGAUGCUUGUUGGGCUUUUGCAGGCACACAAUUCAUGGGUCACUGCAGUUAAUUUUGCUUUCCUUGGAUCUAAUACUAAUCCUCAGGUUUUAUUGGCUAGUGGGUGUUCUGAUGGGAGUGUGAAGAUCUGGUUGGGCAGUGGUGAGAUACUUCUGGAUUCAUCAGAAUCUAAUAAAACUCCAUUUUUUCUAUUGAAGGAGGUUAUCCCUAGCGAUUUCGUCCCAGUUUCAGUACUUUCCAUAAAAAUACCUGUUCAAGCAGUGGAAAAAAUGCUAUUAGCGGUUGGGAAAGGAUCUGGUUCUUUUGACGUAUGGACAUGUGACAUAUCUGGUUGCGAAUUUUCUAAAUGCGGUUCAAAUGAUGCUCAUGACUACGUUGUUACUGGUUUAGCUUGGGCUUUUGAAGGAUGUUUGUACAGUUGUGGCCAGGUUGAUUUGAGGCACUGGGGCUUGUGUCCCUUCCUACUUGCACAUGAGGAUAACUAUGUACAUUGCUGGCUGUUGCGUGGGAAUGCUCUUUGUGAAGUACCAUUUCCUUCAAAUACUCCUAGUUUAAGCUUGACUGAUCUUCCAGAUGUGUUCCUUUCAUGCCUAGGUUUGGCAAUAUCUCCUGGAAAUCUUGUUGUUGCUAUGGUUCGUAAUCUUGAUGUUGAGCAAUUGGAUCAUAUGUAUGAGGCAAGAGCACAAAAGGCUAUUGUUGAGUUCUUCUGGAUUGGUGGGCAGCAAUGGGAUCCAUUGUCCAAGACAUCCCUAGAACUGGCCAGUGAAUCUGUUUUUGGUUUUUCUGAAAAGGAAUUGGUUUAUUGGGAAUCCAGUAUUCUAUGGUCUUUGAAAAAAAUUGAAGAUUUGCAAAAGCCCCUAGUUAUGUGGGAUAUCAUAGCGGCAUUAUUAGCAUUCAAGAAGUUUAUACCGAAGUAUGCGGACCAUAUAUUGGCUAGAUAUCUCUCUAUGACAUUUUUGGGUUCUCAUAUAAACCUUUCCAUUAAUGAGAUUUUGAUGCGGAUCUCUGAUAAUUUAGCAAAAGUUGCUUCUCGCCUAUUGCACCUCCUGAAUAUUAUCUGCCGGUGCUUGGUACUAUCAGACUUGAAAUCUGAUGAAAUUAACAGUAAAGUAGAAUUAGAAGAACCAACUAGUACGGCAGAGGAGCAACAAUCUUUGUGGAUGGAGCUACUUUUUAAAAGUGAAAAAGAACUUCGCGAAAGACUUGUUGGUUUGAGUCUUUCUGCUUGCUCUACUGAAAGUUUUUCUCGGCCUGGAAAUUGGCAUCCUGUUGGAUCUGCACAAAUGGUGCAGUGGGUUGAACUUAAUCGUGAUCAUAUCAAGGAUCAACUGAAAUUCCUUGCAUCAGAGGUUCAAAAGAACAAAAGGAGGCUCUCAUCCAUUGAAUAUGAAGUUGAGGAACAAUGUAGCUAUUGCUCAGCAUCAGCUCCUUUUACUUCUGCAGAGGUUGCAUUUUGCCAGGGUUCGGAGAGCAGUGACAAAGAUGUGCAGAACCACAAAUUGGCACGGUGUACCGUUUCUAUGCAGGUUUGCCCAGCUACACCAUUAUGGUCUUGCAAGUGCUGUACCAGACAGAUUUCCAAACUGGCACCAGAGACUCUUUUUACAAUGUCUGAAUAUCCUGAAGAUUUCAAACCCUUGAUGGAAUCUUGUAAAUUAGCAGAAAUGUCAAAACCAUUGUGUCCCUUCUGCGGCAUACUGCUUCAGAGAUUGCAGCCAGACUUUCUACUUUCAGCAUCCCCAGUGUAAGUCUUCAUGUGUUGCUGCAAUUAUGUUGUACUAAAGCGAUUAGUUCACUGUACAAUGUGAUAGAAGUAGAAGCUAAUUUAUUGUAUGAGCAUGCUAUUUAUGAUGCAUAUGUUGGCAAAUGCUCUAGUGUAUCUCAAUUGUUACCAUCUGUUUUUAUUUUUUUGGUUAUGGUUUUUAUACCUGAGUUAAAAAGGAUUACCUCGUGAAAAUUUUCAAGAUACA